AUGUGGAUGGACCACCGAGCCAAAGCCGAGGCCGAUCUAAUCAAUUCCGGCAAUCACAACGUGCUAAAAUACGUCGGCGGCCGCCUCAGCCCCGAGAUGCAAAUCCCAAAAUUGCUGUGGCUACGCGAGAAUAACCCGGACACCUACCGUAACGCAGGCUAUUUCAUGGAUCUGCCCGAUUUCCUGACGUAUCGAGCCACCGGGCGUGACAUUCGCUCAAUAUGUUCCGCAACUUGCAAAUGGACAUAUUUGGCCGAAGAAAAUCGAUGGGAUCCUGAAUUCUUCGGGGCGUUAAGCCUAGAGGAUUUGCUCGAGUAUGAGGCCGUAAAAAUUGGGCGUCAUAUAGGGAAUAUUGGCGCUACGGCAGGGGAUUUGCUGCCGGGAUUGGCCAAAGUUUUUGGGCUCCAUUCAAAUGUUAAAGUGGCCAUUUCGAUAAUUGAUGCCCAUGCAGGGACGUUGGGAACGAUUGGAGCCAGAAACCUAAGCGUUAAUACCGCAUUCAAAAAAAUUUGGAUUAACAUCCGAAAC